ACGAAGUCAGCCAAAGAAUGUUGGCUUCCAGCUGAUUCCGUCGCCAUUUUUGUUGCGAACGUAAACACCAGCAUUGUGACUGCUUUUGGACGGACUUCUCACGCUUACGUUGGGCGACAGCGAGGAUUACUGAACAUGCGAGGGAAUCCCGUGGCCUGAGUGCAUUGUAAGUGAGAUGGGGGUUCCGCGUGGAUUCCCACACCGGGAACUAGCGAGGGUUUAAACCGAGGAGGUGAAGGCAGCAGAGGGGGGCCUCGGUGCCCGUCCGUCAGUCCACUUGACAUGGACCAAGAGUACGAGAGGCGUCUUCUGAGGCAAAUCAACGUCCAGAACUUGCCCGCCGAGGCCCGGCUGAUCAGGUGUGGAAGUGUUACCUGCAGCCCCAUCAGUGUGAAGUCAGGGGACCGCUUCAUCCCCACCCGCGCUGGAAGCAACUGGAGCAUCAACUUCCACUACGCCAAUGAAAACUGUCGCUCCCCCGGCCAGAACCAUAAAGCAAAAGAUGCCAGUUCAGAUUCAGGCAAAGAUACGGUGACGUAUGCCGCCCUGUUGAGGAAUGAGUUGCUGGGUGCGGGCAUCGAGUCUGUGUCAGACUUUCACGCAGACGAAAGGAGACAUGCAGUCAACUCUCACGGCACACACAGCCUCUUUCAAUACACCAUCCACAGUAAGAGAGUGCCUUUUGAUAGCGAUAAUGAAGUCUCACCCUACUCUCUUUCUCCGCUUACUAACAAGAGUCACAAGCUGCUCCGCUCACCUCGUAAACCGGCCCGUAAGAUCUCAAAGAUCCCCUUCAAGGUGCUGGACGCCCCGGAGCUGCAGGAUGACUUCUACCUCAACCUGGUCGACUGGUCGGCGGGCAACUCGCUCAGUGUCGGUCUGGGAGCCUGCGUCUACUUGUGGAGUGCCUGUACCAGCCAGGUGACACGGUUGUGCGAUCUUUCGGUGGAUGGCGAUUCUGUAACUUCAGUAUGCUGGAACGAGAGGGGGAGCCUGGUUGCCGUUGGGACCCACAAAGGUUAUGUACAGAUCUGGGACGCAGCGGGUGGGCGAAAGCUUACCAUUUUGGAGGGCCACUCAGCUCGUGUGGGUGCCCUAGCGUGGAAUGGGGAGCAGCUGUCAUCAGGAAGUCGUGACAGAGUGAUUCUUCAACGGGACAUCAGAACGCCGCCGUCUGCCGAGAGGAGGUUGCAGGGACACAGACAGGAAGUGUGCGGUCUCAAAUGGUCCCCUGACCAUCAACAUCUCGCCUCCGGUGGCAAUGACAACAAGUUACUGGUGUGGAACAGCUCCAGCCUGCUCCCGGUGCAGCAGUACAGCAACCACCUGGCCGCAGUGAAAGCCAUCGCCUGGUCCCCACACCAGCACGGGCUGCUGGCUUCCGGAGGCGGCACCGCCGACCGCUGUUUGCGCUUCUGGAACACGCUGACGGGUCAGGCGCUGCAGAGCACAGACACCGGCUCCCAGGUGUGCAACCUGGCGUGGUCCAAGCACGCCAAUGAACUGGUGAGCACUCAUGGCUACUCUCAGAACCAGAUCUUAGUAUGGAAGUACCCGUCGUUGACACAGGUGGCCAAGCUGACGGGACACUCGUACAGAGUACUGUACCUGGCCGUGUCCCCUGACGGCGAGGCCAUCGUCACGGGUGCGGGGGAUGAGACGCUUCGCUUUUGGAACAUCUUCAGCAAAACGCGCUGCACCAAGGAGUCGAAGUCUGUGCUGAACCUUUUCACACGAAUCCGAUAGAGAAGCACUUCCCACAAAAUGGUGGACCUGCAGCACUUUGCCACCGCAACUAUUUGUUGUUCGUGUGUUUGUUUGUUUGUUUCACAACGGUGUGCACUCAAAAACGUCCCCUUCGUGCCCCCCCCACCCCAUUGGUGAUGUCACACACACACAAAUAAAAGUUGACUUCUUAAUCAUGA